AUGGCUGCCCUCACCUCCCUUCUCCCCACUCCGGUGAAUGCGCCUGUGGUCUCCGAUGACGAGGAAGAAUUCGUUUCCGAAAUCCAACCUCAGCAGGCAGGUCCCUCCGUUGCUGUGGUCAUUCGCCAGGCAGUGCCGCCGUAUGGUCAGAGGAGAGGUUGGAAGCCAACUUCCUUGGAGGACUUCGGUGAUGGUGGUGCGUACCCUGAAUGUCAUGUCGCCCAAUAUCCUCUAAACAUGGGCAAGAAGAAGACGGCGGCUGGGAACACUCUGGCUCUCCAAGUGGAUGCCGAAGGCAACGUUCGUUACGAUGCCAUAGCGCUCCAGGGUCAACGCUCCGGCAAGUUGGUCCAGUCUCAGUUCAAGGACCUCGUUCCUCUUGCCCACCGGAAAGACCUUGACGACGCGGAUCGAUCGUUGGACCGCCCGUCGGAGGAAGAGGUUCAGGAAACGACCGAGAAGACGAGGGCCGCACUGGAGAAGCUCGUCAAUGGCAAAAUCAAGGCGGCCCAGCCGAAGAACGUCCCUGACAGUCAGGGCAAGACGUCCUUCAUCCGUUACACACCAGGCCAGCAAGGAAACUCGGAUAGCCUGAAGCAGCGUAUCAUCAAGAUGACCGAAGUCGUUGAGGAUCCUCUCGAGCCGCCACGGUUCAAACACAAGAAGAUUCCCCGCGGUCCCCCGAGCCCUCCGCCCCCCGUUCUUCGCAGUCCCCCUCGUAAGGCGACAGCCCAGGAGCAGAAGGAAUGGAUGAUUCCACCAUGCAUAUCUAACUGGAAGAACAACAAAGGUUACACCAUCCCCCUCGACAAGCGUCUUGCGGCGGACGGUCGUGGUCUCCAGGAUGUGCAUAUCAAUGACAACUUUGCAAAGUUCUCGGAGGCGCUUUUCGUUGCCGAUCGCCACGCUCGCGAGGAAGUCAGGCAACGUGCCCUCAUGCAACAGAAGCUAGCCGAGAAGGAGAAGGCGCAAAAGGAGGAGAACCUCCGACUUCUGGCCCAGCGAGCGCGCGAAGAACGUUCUGGCCUUGCGCCGCGUGCAGAGUCGAAGCCGACCGCCGACCGUACCGCUGCGAUGCAGUCCGCUCUAGGAGGAUACGGCUCUGGUUCGGACAGCGAAUCAGACGGGGAGCCUGAGGAGGACGAGGAGGACGCGGAUGCAGCGAAGAUGCGGAUGAGCAACAUGGGCACGGAGAUGCGCGCCAAGAUGCUCGCGCGCCAGCAAAACCGCGAUAUCUCGGAGAAGAUCGCACUUGGGCUUGCGAAGCCGACGCUCUCCAAGGAAAGCAUGCUCGACUCGCGUCUCUUCAACCAAGAGUCACUAUCCGGCAGCUUUGCCGAUGAUGAUGCGUACAACCUGUACGACCGCCCGCUGUUCCACGGUUCCACUGCCGCUGCGGCCAUCUACAAGGCGCGGGGGAACAUCUCGGAGGGCAACCAGGAGUCAUUUGGUGGCGGACGGAGGAGGCCUCGUGCAGGGUUCGAGGGAGCCAACGAACAGGAAGUUCGUGAGGGCCCUGUGCAAUUCGAGAAGGACUCUAGCGAUGUCUUCGGUCUCGACAAUGGUCGCAAGCGUGGGCUCGAUACUGAGGUUGGUGGCUCGAGGAAAAAGCAACAGCUUGACCGGGCUGAAGACCGCGACUCCUGA